CAGCCCUGGAGGGCGCGCGUCAUGGCGGCGCUCGGCUCGCUCCCCGCGACCCCGGAUUUGCCCACGCUCCACGCCAGGUUACAGGACUUGCUGCGCUUCCUACGGGGCGCCCUGGCCAUUUCCAGCGCGCACACGGUGGAUUUCUACACCGAGUCCGUGUGGCGGGAGCUGGUCGACCUGCCCCCGGAGAGCGUGCUGGCGGCGCUGAGGGGCCCGGCGGCCGAGCCCGAGCCCGAGCCCGAGCCGCGGGAGGAGGAGGCGGGACCAGGUUUUGUUGAUCUCCCCAAAGUAUUUUGUGAAACAUCUCGGAAGCUGUUGAGCGUGGAAGCCUUUGCUCGGGCCGUCAAACACUACUCUGUGCAAAGCUUGGGGCUGUGCACUCCUUUCGAGCAGCUGCUUACAGCCCUUCGAGUAAAUAAAGAACAGAGAACUGGUGAAAAUGUGAAGGCAAUUCAGUUUAUGAACACAAAAAAAUCUCAUGAGGUUCAGGCAAUGGCAGAGCUAAUCUGCAGUAUUGCUGAUUACUGUGGUUUAAAACAGAUAAUUGAUGUGGGUUCUGGUAAAGGCUACCUAAGCUCCUUUUUGUCCUUAAAGUAUGGCUUAAAUGUCUAUGGCAUCGAUUCCUCAAAUACUAAUACGCACGGAGCCAAGGAGAGAAACAGGAAGUUGAAGAAACACUGGCACCUGUAUCGUGGUCAGACAAGAGAAGAUGCCAACGGACUGACAUUGAGACUGCAGAAGGGAAUAAAAGCGGAAAAGGAAGCAAAGCGUAAGGAAAACUGUGACAGGCCACUGAAGAACAGCCGUGGGAAUCAAGAGCUGUCUGCUGGUGCUGCGCCAGAGCGCUCAGAGACGGCAGUUUCAGUUCCCAGGAAACAGCAAGGAGAUCCACGUGCUCAGCCACUUGAAGAAGGGAAUUUGUGUUUUGAAAAUGCCUUUUCUUUCACGGAUUUUCUGCCUAUUGAUGCCGUUGAACCUACUUCAUCACAGGUGCACAAUGCAGAAAUGUAUGAAGUGAGGAAACAGAAGAGAAAUAUGACAUCUAAACCAAGCGACCCAAGUAUUUAUUCACCACUGACCUCUUUUAUCACUGCUGAUUCAGAGUUACAUGACAUUAUUAAAGAUCUGGAGGACUGUCUAAUGGUGGGUCUGCAUACUUGUGGUGAUCUUGCACCAAACACUCUGCGGAUAUUUGCAUCCAAGUCUGAAGUCAAAGGAGUUUGCAGUGUGGGCUGUUGCUACCAUCUUUUAUCUGAAGAAUUUGAAAACCAAGAUAAAGAAUAUGCUCAAGAAAACUGGGGAUUUCCAAUGUGCCGCUAUCUGAAAGAGGAGAGAUGGUGCUGUGGCCGCAAUGCAAGAAUGUCAGCUUGCUUGGCAUUGGAACGCGUUGCAGUUGGCCAAGGGCUGCCUACUGAAUCACUCUUCUAUCGUGCCGUUCUUCAGAAUAUUAUUAAAGACUAUUAUGGCAUCACCAAAUGUGAUCGACACGUUGGCAAAAUUUAUUCCAAAUGCUCUUCCUUUCUGGAUUAUGUCAGAAUGUCGCUAAAGAAGCUUGGCUUAGAUGAAUCCAAGAUCUCAGAAGAAAUUAUAAUGGACUACUAUGAGAAAUAUAGGCCUAGAAUGAAUGAGCUGGAGGCAUUUAAUAUGUUGAAAGUUGUUCUGGCUCCUUGCAUAGAAACACUGAUUCUUCUUGAUCGACUUUGUUACCUGAAGGAACAGGAAGAUGUAUCAUGGUCUGCUCUUGUGAAGUUGUUCGACCCUGUGCAGUCCCCCAGAUGCUACGCUGUCAUUGCUCUGAAGAAGCAGCGGUAAUUGUAGCUGAAGCAGGUUGCUAGUCAGCUCUUUGGGGACUUACCUUGAAGAUUGCUUUUCUAAACAUUUAUAUCUCGUUAUAUAAACACUUUAAAAUAAUUGCUAUAUUUUAAGUAAUAAAAUAAUGACUAAAACAUAAGAUCAUAGUUAAUUUUUCUAUUCUCAAAGCAUACAUUAAUAAAAUAAGAACUUAUAAAAAUAUUCUGAUCAACAUUCCCGGGUGUGUCAAUAGCAGAUGGCAAUCUGACUUUAAUUCCUGUGCAGUAUUUGGGACCUUUGGCAUUUACCACACCUCACAUUUUGAACUUUCUUUGCUUAAGAGGUCAAAUGCAGGUGUUGUCAAAUGCUGAGUGUUAUAUGUAUUUUUCAGAGCAUUUUGGGAUAGUUUCCACUUGCCAUAAUGAGGAGAUAUACAUUUAAAAAGACUCAGGAGCAGGUUGGUUAUAAAAUAUGCCUGAUAUAGAGCAUAUUUUACACUGUUUUAACAUAAAGUACAUUUGAUGAUAUUCUAUUUCCAUAUGAAAAUAUGCAGCUUAUGAGUGAGUAUUCACUUUAAGGAUUCUUGAGGCUAUUUAUCCUACUAAAAUGAAGUGAUAGGGUGAAGCUUAGGGAAAUUACAUUGUGCUCUAUAAAAAGCCACGUUGAGUGAAGCCAGACUGAAUGGGAGAUGCCUCCCUGCCAAGCAGAAUUUAUUUCUGUGAGUUCAGAAUAUAAGUGUGUGCCUCAUAUUCUGAACACUUGGGACCUGACAUGUUCCAUGUUCUCUUCUCUCAUAUUUUUGGAUUGUUGGUGUAUGCAUCUGCAAUAUCUUUUGGAUAGGAUCCAAGUAUAAACUUGAAACUCAUUUGUGAUUCAUAUACAUUUUUGCACAGCCUGAGACUAAGUUUCCCUUUCUUUAGCAAAACGCAAAGUUUCUCAUGCACACUAAAGGCUGGAAGCUGGGGUAAAGCUUUCUCGAUGCUCAGCUGGAGAGGCCUUGCAGACUCUAGAGAAGAAAAGUAACUGCUUUUCUAAAUGCUUGAGCUUUUCCCCAGA